UCCUUGUUACAAAAUAGACAGAUGUGACUGAAAGAACAUCUAUUUGUUUCAGUUCGUGAGUCUUUUUUAAACUCGAGAGAGAAAAUGGAAUAUAAUUUUGGAUCAUCAAUAUCUUCCCAUAGACGGUGUUGGGGUUCGAGAAGCACUAGAACUCAGUGUUAUUGUUCGUGGAAAUGGGUCAAUUCGCUAUAAAAUAUACAGGAAAAGUACUCUCUACAACUAUUCGCCCAUCUCCGGUCACCUCGGGAUAGACAAUCGUUACUGCUCGGCAGUGUUCGGCAGGCCCCGGGAUCGACAAUUAACCGAAUGUGGAAAGGCCCACUCAACUAUCGAUAACUAUUUUUAAUGUUGAAACAGGAAUAAAUUACGGCAUGUUGAAAAAACAUUUCUGGAUUUUAAAAAGAUUGUAAAUUUAGCACGGUUGUAAUUACACUUACCAUUUUGAUAUCGUGUUUUAUGUCAGUGUGAAAUUGAUCGAAAUAUUGGUUUUCUUCGUAUCAGCGGAGUACAAACAAUUAAAUUCCUAGUUACAAAAUGAACAGAAACUGACUGUUUGAACAAGUUUGUGUCAUUUUUAAACCGCAGAGAGAAAAUGGCAUCUAAUUUUGAAUCAUCCAUUCAGAGGGGAUGUGAUUCUGUUCACGAUUUUUCCUGCUCUCCGUGUGAAGAGAACGGAUUUAACACAGAAGCUCACCAUUAUUGUACACAAUGCACUAAAUAGUACUGCCAAAACUGUGUUUCAAAACAUAACGUAUUAUAUCAGAAGCACGCGGUGCUCGGCCGAAAGGGCGUGAAGAAAUGGGAGGCAGCCCCAGGUGUGGUUGACGCCCUGGAGAGAUGCGGGAUGCACCCCGGGGAGGCGCUAAAGCUGGUUUGUGGUGGCCAUGACCAGCUGUGUUGUUCUAUAUGCGUUGCCAUUGACCACAGACAAUGCUCCAAACUCCAACACAUUCCAGAUGUAGCAAAAGGUGUUCAGAGAAAUAUUGAGUUUCAACAAAUUCCAAAGAAGAUCGCUGAUGUUCAAAAGCAAUUCGAGAAGACUAAAGAAUCACGAUUGAAGAAUACCUCAUCUCUGAAAAAGACGCGGGCAGCCAUUUCUGAUGAAAUCAAAACCAUACGUAAGGAUAUCAACGAAAUCCUUGACAAGAUUGAGAAAACAACUUUACAGGACUUGGACGGAAUGAUAGCUGAACUUGAAAAAAACCUAAAGGAAGAUAUUGAAACUUGUGAUAAAAUGACUUUCGAACUGCAAAACAUGAUAGUCGCUUUUCAAACCAAAGAAAAAUCAAGCGAGUCAAAAUCAUAUAUUGCGUACAGAAAGGGCGAGGAUAUGAUUUCACAAGCAAACGAUCAUCUUUGUGGCAUAUCAGCCAUUGAGUAUUACAAUGUAACAUUUCAAGCCAAUAACCUUAUAGAAGAACUGUUAUCAUCAAUAAAGACGUUUUUAGAGAUUGAAUAACAAACUGUUAUGACCAAACAGCAAAAAGAUGCCCCUUUCGGUCGAAUCCACGUCUUCAGUGUUGCAGAGUACAAGAAGUACAACGUGAAGAUGAGUGAUGACAAACGUCAAUGUAUUAUCUAUGGUGUAUAUGAAAUGCCAAGUGGAGAGUUUGUCAUAGCAGACGGGGGUAAUUGUAAAGUGAAGCUCCUGGACAAGGAGUACAGGGUGCUCGACCACUGUGAUGUCGCGGGGAGUCCAUACGACGUGUGCCACAUUGACGGAAAUGAAGUAGCCGUUUGUGUGAACUUUAUUUCAUGAAUGCUACGAAAGGAAAACUCGUAACUACGAGGAAGUUAAGUUUCAGCCAUGUUUGUAAUGCCGCAGCUCAUCAUGGUGGCGAACUUUAUAUCUCCUCCGGUACCGCCCUUUACGUCUACACGAUGUCGGGUCAGAUGGUGAAGAAGCUGUACGAGGCAUGUCUGGGGGUAGAACGGUCGAGAAAUGUGCCAUCAGUAACGACGGGAAGACGAUCUACAUUACAAACUACAAUAACCAUCAACUGAUCACCCUGGACAGCAACGGCAACAAGGUGGCCUUACUCACUGACCCUGACAUAAAAUAUCCUACCGGAGUACAUGUGACACCUGCUGGACACGUGUUCGUCUGCUGCUAUGACUACGGCACAGUGUUUCAGGUUGACAAAGACGGGUAAAAGAAGUUGGCCACCUUGGCGAGGAUAAAAGACGGACUGUACGGACCGCUAGAUUUAUUUUUCAGCAGCCGCACUUCUUCUUUGAUUGUUGGUGGAUAUAAAGACAUACUUCUUGUUAUCAAGUUAAUUUAAUACUAAAAACUAUUCAUGUUUGAUUUGGUACUAUCGAACUCGGAUCUUCCUUAUUGUUGCUAAGUACGUUGCAGUAUUUUCAUAUAAACUUAUGUUUAGACCGCUGGCUAUAAAGAAUAUGAUAUGAAUGCAAAAGCAUCAUGUGAAUACUUUUAUUUUAUCAUGUUUUGGACAAUGUAUAGCCAACAAACAAUGUGAAAAUAUUAUAUAUGUAUGUUCUAUUUGAUGAAUGUAGAAUG